AUGAAAGAUUCAGAAACAUCCCCUACGCGUAAUCUAGUGACUUGGGACAGCGAUCAUGACCCAGAAAACCCCAGGAAUUGGAAAUCGUACAAAAAAUGGGUUGUCUUGUCUGUAGUUUCGUUUAUUGCUUUCAUAAGCCCGCUAGCCUCCUCAAUGAUUGCACCGGCGAUAAGUCUUAUCAACAAGAGCUUGAAAAAUGAUUCAGAAACACUUUCUGUUCUUGUAGUUACUUUCUUUAUUCUCGGCUACGUAGUAGGAUCACUUUUUUUCGGCCGCUUGAGUGAAGUUUAUGGUCGUCGUCCUGCAAUUAUACUCUUACUUUCCACCUUCAUAUUCUCGAUCUGGCAACUCGGUUGCGCCUUGUCUACGAGCAUACAAAUGCAGAUGGCUUUCCGUUUUCUGGCGGGAUUUGGUGGCUCAGGCUGCUUAUCAAUUGGCGGCGGCAUCAUAUCGGAUAUCUUUGAUCGCGAUGAUCGAGGACUCGCAUUGACGAUUUUUGCUAUAGGCCCUCUAUUGGGCCCAAUAGUAGGGCCCAUUGUAGGCGCUUACUUAGGUGAAGGCUUGGGUUGGCGAGCAAUUUACUACUUCAUGUUUAUCACGUCCAUGAUAUCCAUAGUUGUGACUUUCUUUUCGGUGAAAGAGUCGAAUGCAGAGAUCAUACUACAGCGGAAAAGUGAACAGUUGCAGAAAAUCAAUCCUACCCUAGUCCCACGAAGCGAAGCGGACCAAAGCCAUAGCAAGUUAUCAUUUUAUGAACUCAUACUGCCAGUGGUACGACCUUGGAAGUUGCUUUUUCGCUCGCCGGUGAGUGCCAUUCUCUGCCUUUACAUGGCCUAUGUAUAUGGACUUCUGUACCUGCUCUUUACAACUAUUAGCAGUGUCUUUACUUCAAAAUAUGGAUGGUCAAUAAGUCAAUCAAGUCUGGUGUACAUUUCAAUUGGCGUCGGGUUUUUCAUUGGGCUUGCAGUGCACGGCGUAUUGUCUGCUGCCCUGUUGAAAAAGUCCCUCAGGGCUAACAAUGACAUUUUCGAGCCAGAAAUGAGGCUCGAGGUCUGCAAAAUCCUGGGGUUUUUAGUACCAAUGACUUUUUUCUGGUACGGAUGGGCGGCUGACAAGGGUGUGCACUGGGCAAUCUCUGUGGUGGGCCUCUUGCCUUUUGGCAUCGGUCUGGUUGGCAUCUUCUUGCCUAUUCAAAGCUACAUGAUUGAAGCUUUCCCACAAGUCUCAGCUAGUGCGACAGCUAUUUUAGUAUCUUCUCGAAAUGUUGUUGGCACAUUUUUGCCGGUAGUCGCUCCAGACAUGUAUCAGAAACUGGGACUUGGCUGGGGAAAUUCACUUCUCGGGUUUCUUUCGAUUGUUGCGAUCCCUUUCAUCUGGGUCAUUACGAGGAACGGGAAGGCGCUAAGAGCAAAGUAUCCGAUAAAAUUGUAG